UAUAUUUAUUAAUGUAUGUUUUCUUUUUUGUGUAUUUAGUUAUGUCGAUUAUUACAAACAAAUUUUUGGAUAGUUCGAUUAUGUGUUAGUUUAUGGACAACUUUUUUUAUAAUUAUUCUAGUAGCAUUUGAAGGUAGUUUUAUGAUUCGUUAUGUAACUCGAUUUACUGAAGAAAUUUUUGCUCUUAUUAUUGCUAUUGUUUAUUUAUAUGAACCAUUUAAAAAACUUUAUACGAUAUUUCAAUUAAAUCCAGUAUUAUCAAAAUAUAAUUAUAAUUAUCCAUUAAAUUGUUCUUGUAAUAUAUCUUCUAUAUUAAAUAGAUCAAUUACUAUGAAAAAUAUGAAUUUAUUAUUAAAUAAUUCUUCAUUUAAAUAUUCAUGUUAUAAUUGUACAUCAUCUACUUCGUCAUUAUUACAAAAUAAUUCUAUAACAAUACCAAAUGAUGGAACUCAAUUACCAAAUAAAGCAUUACUUUCAUUAAUUAUUCUACUUGGAACGUGUUUUAUGUCUCUUGCACUUAAACGUUUUAGACGAAGUAAUUUUUUCGGUCGAACAACAAGACAAACAUUGAGUGAUUUUGGUAUGACCAUUGCUCUCAUAUGUAUGGUACUAUUUGAUAUGCUAAUAACAAAAAAUGCUGGUGGUCAUAGUUUAACUCAAAAAAUUACUGUACCAAAUUCAAUUCGACCAAGUGAUCGUGAACGUGGGAAUACUUGGCUUAUAUCACCAUUACGUGAACGUUUACCAUUUUGGGUUUAUUUUGCAUCUUCAUUUCCUGCUAUUCUUAUAUCUGUAGUUCUUUUUUUUGAAGUUGAAUUAACUAGUAUUAUGAUACAAACAAAACUUAAAUGUGUUUAUACAACUAAACCUAUUAAAGGUACCGGUUAUCAUUUGGAUAUUUUGAUAGCAGGCGUUUUAAUAUCUAUUAAUGGACUUUUUGGUCUUCCAUGGAUAUGUGCAGCACCUGUACGAAGUAUUGCACAUGUAGCUAGUUUAUCAAGAUAUAGUAAAACUCAUGCACCAGGAGAAAAACCUCGUCUAAUCGAUAUAAAAGAUCAACGUUUAACAAAUAUAGGUGUACAUAUUCUUAUUGGUUGUACAAUAUUUGCAGCAUCAAUUAUACGUAAAAUUCCUGUUGCUGCUUUAUUUGGUAUUUUUUUAUAUUUUGGUAUUGUAUCAAUAUCUGGUACACAAUUAUUUAGUCGACUUAAAAUGAUGUUUAUUCCAACAAAAUAUCAUCCAAAUGUUGGAUAUUUAAGACGAAUUCGUCAAAUGAAACGUUAUGCUUAUACAUUUAUACAAAUAGUGGCUGCCGGUUUAUUACUAGCAAUAAAAGUUACAAGUUUUGCUUUUUUAUUUCCAUUUAUUCUUGUUUUACUUGUUCCAUUUCGUAAAUGGUGUCUUCCAUUUAUUUUUACUGAACGAGAACUUAAUGAACUCGAUGGAGAUGAACAACAAGAUAGUAUAUUUGAUGAUGAAAUUGAUUUUUAUGGUCAAGUUCAUUUACCUAUUUAA